AAGGAAACCUGGUGCAUUUCAGUAGCGAGAGAGCACGUUUCAGUCCAGUACUGGCUUUGAUUUGCCUGAACUCUUUAUGGAAGAAGAGGGAGUUUCGCGUUUAUUCCGUUCAAGCUUAAAUCAUGUAGAAUAACCGAGCAGGUGCUGCAGCUGCGAUUUUAUUACAUAAGUUACAUAAGAAGAUUUGGGAAAAGUGGAAUGUGCGACGUUUAGGAAAGAUAAAGUGAUUAGAAAUUGUGCUGGGUGAUGUAGAGAAGUGAACUGAUACUGUACUUUUGAUUUAAAAUCCAUCAUGGAGGUCCGAAAAGCGCUCACGUGUGUUUUCUUCAGCGUGUUCUUGUGGUCAGGGGACGCUCAAGACUCGGUACCUGAUUCAGUUCUGAACUGCUGCGAGGGUGACGUCCUCUUCCUCCUGGAUUCCUCAGGAAGUGUGGCCUCCUAUGAGUUCUUCCGCAUGGUAAACUUCCUGUCUGAACUCCUUCUGCCUUUCUCAUUGGGGCUGGAGCAGGUGAGGGUGGGGCUUCUGCAGGUGGGGACCGAGCCCCACCUUGAGUUUGGUUUUGACACCUACAACUCCCAACAAGGACUGCAGGCGGCUUUGAAGAGGACUAGACAGCUAAAGGGUGAUACCAACACGGUGGACGCUUUACUAAUGGCCUGGGAUCAGGUUUUAAAACAAGGUGUACCUGGAGGGGCAAGACCAGAUCUGCCCAGGGUUUUAGUUUGGCUCACGGAUGGAGUAGAUCCCGGUGCGGUGCAGGAGCCAAUGGCGAGACUGCGAGAAGAGGGCGUGGCUGUACUGGUGGUUUCCACCGGUCAUGGGAACUACCAGGUGCUGAGAGAUGUCGUGAGCCCACCUGCUGAGGAACACCUUUUCUUUGUGGACAUUGACGACAUAAGCAUCAUCACUGAAGACUUGAGGAACGCGAUAAUUGAGAUUAUUCGUGCCGAGAGGCUACAGGUGAAGUCGGUCACCACUACUACUGCCCUGCUGGAAUGGAGGCCAGUGUUGGCUGGCACCGGCUACUAUGAUAUCCAGUUUGGGCCUGUCCGAACAGGGGGGAACGGAGGGCCAGGGGGUUCAGGAACCAGCCCCGGGACGGGCUUGGAACCUUUUAAGAGAAUCACCCGGCCUGGAGAUGCCAGCUCGGCUCACCUGAUUGGCCUUCGUCCAGACACCACGUACACAGUCACGCUUACCCCGAAGGCUAACCUGGACUUCCUGAACUCUCUUUCUGCCACCUUUACCACACAACCAGUCAGUCCACCCCAGCCUGAAGUCCAGACCCUUUCGACAGUCACUGUGUCAGAGUCGACCACUAACAGUGUCCGGGUGAGCUGGGGUCCGCUGCAGCCUAACCUCAUUCAGGGUUACCAGAUUGAGUAUUCAGCACUUCAUACAGGACAGCUUCGGGUCAUCAACGUCAGUAACCGUCAGAACUCCACUGUCCUGACCAACCUCUAUCCUGACACUCAGUACCUGGUCACUGUGAGCGCAAAACACUUCUCUGGCAAAGAGAGAGCCAUGUCUGUGAAAGCCUGUACACAGGAGGUGUUGCCCGCUCUAUCUGAUCUUCAGUUGACCGCAGUGGGCAAUGAGUCAGUGCAGCUCCGGUGGAAGGGGAGUGCUGACGGUCUUCGUGGUUACUGGGUCACAUGGGAGCGAGGUCGCAGUCAGCGCUCCACCCUGUACUUACCACCCAACCUCCUGUCCACCACUCUCACUCACGUGCCCCCCAGCGCCCGGGUCUGCGUCUCUCCGGUAUACCGGACCGCCCGAGGGGAGGGUCUCUGCUGCACUGCUUAGGUCAGCUCAGCUGCUUUGAGGUGAAACCGUUGAGCGGUGCUCUGCCAAACACGAAACAUGGAGGGAGAAACAACACGUAAAAGUUCCCACAAAUGGAGAUAUGGGAAGAAAAGGGAGUCCAGGACACUGUAACUGUCUGAACACCCAUAGAUGGUGAUCUUAAAACACAUCAACACAACAUGCACUGAGGACUAAUACACAAUGAUACACUUACAGUAUGUAACUAAACGAGUCUGAACUCAAAACUGACUAUUGGAAGAAUUAUUACAAUAAUCAGCCUACUUUCAAAGGAAUGUUCUGGGUUUAAAACAAGGUCAGCUCUAUCCACAGCAUUUGUGGCAUGCUGUCGAUUACCUCAGAAAAGAAUUAUGACUCAUCCCUAAGCUGACAAACACAAAAAUUGCAUUUGCAGUAAUACACUUACAAUACAAGUCUAUGGGGCAUGUGCAGCUUGCAGAAUUUAAAAAACAAAAAAAAAACUGUUAAAUAGCUUGUAUUCAUUUUUCUGCACUACAGUGCGUGUUAUUUGAGCUGUUAAGUUGUCUAAAUUGUCCUUUUAGCAAUGAGACUACUUUUCUAAGCAGAUAAACAUCAUUAAAUAAUAAUAAUAAUAGGAGUUAUAUUGGAUUAGAUAAGAUUGAUUAGCAAUUUAAUCAUCCUAGUCUCAUGUUAACACGUAUAUGUUUUUGUCUUGUGGCUAUAUUUUCGAAAAGGUGUAUGUUAAGUAACAUGUAUCCCGAUGAAAUGUCUUGCCCCAUAGACUUUCAUUGUAAGUGCAUUACAAUAAUAACGAUUUUUGUUUGUUUUAACAAACGAAAGGGCAAAAUGAUUUUCUAUGGUAUUUAACAGCAUGUCACUGGUGCUUAACCUACAUCUAAAUUACAUAGAUCAUUUACUGUAUUUUAGGUGCCACUAGAAUGUUUAUGCAAAAGAUAUUUGCUAAAAGUUAUUAAGAAUUACAGCACUUAAGCAAUAUUUUGUAAAUAUCUUACAUAUGCUUUUAGUUUGAGUGAUAUUUAUCAGAGACAUAGUUGAUUACUGUAUUUUUUAGAUUUCUCCAGUUUUGAAAAGGGAACAAAAAGACACUUUUAUGGAAAUCUGAAUAUCUUUUGUCACUUGUUUUCUUUAAAGUCAAUAUAUAGCAUUUAACCUUGCUUAAGUUACACUCUUCACCAUAACUGCACAUUUGGUCAGUGCUGAAACCCUGAAUAUCUUGCACGGACCUUAAUGAUGGUGGUUAAAGUAUUAAGAUAUUGCAGAUGUUGGCUGCAGAUGGGUCAUUAUUAGUAAGUUUGAAGAACAUUUACUCAAAGUAGUCCUAACUUCCCUCUGUGCAUGCAUAGAUUGGAUUUAUCUUUUACAGUAUUUUCUCUGUGAUUGUCUUUUCGGUUUCAUUAGCAGGCAGAAAUAUGUAGGCAGGCCAUGUUACAGGCCGGAUCAAGGUCUUAAAAUUAUGUUUUGUGGGGAUAGAUUAUCUCUGUACAAGUGUUUUAAUGGUGUUAAUCAUUUUCUACAUCACAACAUCCUAAACAAACAAGCAAAGGAAAUAGCUUUUCAUGCAUAUUCCCAGACCAUAAAGGAAUGCAAUAAUUUUUUUAAGCUAUUCAUAAAAUUUUAGAUGUUUUCCAUCUUUACUUUUUGCAUCAUUAUGGCAGGUUGAGCUUGUUGCAUUAUGAAAUGGUGCUUGUUCAUUCCCAGCUUUGCUGCACGUCUUACAAAUCACUGCUUUCAAAAUGUUUUUAGUUUUUAAAUAAAUCAUUUCAGUCUGUGUCA